AUGCCUCUCCCUUUCGCGCCGUCUGUAUCACCUCAAAGGCGUUCUACAGCACAGUCUUCUUCUUCUUCUUCUUCUUCUACCUAUUCCUCCACUUCCACUUCCACUUCCACUUCCACUUCCACUUCCACUUCUUCUUCCGCUCGCAAAGCUUCCUUUUCAUUCUCUCCAUCACCUGCAUUCACUCCUCCUCAAUCCUCCUCCUCUCGACCUCAAUCCCCAGUCAUGAUGCGUAGACCCGCAUCCUCAUUAGCCCUUAGAUCUCCAACUCCAACCCAGUUUGGCCGCGGUAGACCCGCAACCCCAUCUUUCCAUGGGCAAUUCUUACACACCAAUAACUCUUCUCCAGCUCUCUCAGGCUUCCCUAUAACUACAAACUUUCCAUCAUCAUCAUCAUCAUCAUCAUCAACUUCUUUCUCUUCAACUUCAAAUAACGUUUACACUGGAUCUAUUCGUGUUGCAGUCCGUGUUAAACCUAGCACAUCACAAUCUUUAUCAUUAUCUUCUUCUUCAUCAAUAUCUUCUAUAGAAAGUGGCUCCACAUCAUCAUCGUUAUCGUCAUCAUCAUCAUCAUCAUCAUCAACAACAACAACAACAACAACAACAACAACAACAAUUCUCAACGACCACUGGGCAAUUGAUUCAGCUCGUAAUGCCAUCUCUUCCCGUGAUGUAGGCGAGUUUGUUUUCGACAGCGUUUACCACGGCCCCAUUUCUAAUGCUAACAUCUUCGAUAGCUCUGUUCGUGAUCUUGUCAAUCAAGUCAUGGCCGGAUUUAACGGCACCGUCUUUGCUUAUGGCAUGACAGGUUCAGGUAAAACCUACUCCAUGCAAGGGUCUUCACUCAACCCUGGUAUUAUUCCACUUUCCGCAGCUUGUAUCUUUGACUAUAUUGCAACAGCUACCGAAUCAUCAUCAUCAUCAUCAUCAGCAUCAUCAUCAUCAUCAUCAUCAUCAUCAUCAUCAUCAUCAUCAUCAUCAUCAUUAUCAUUAUCAUCAUCCGAAAUCCUCUCAGAUCAACAACGCACAUUCACUGUCAAAGUCUCAUACCUUGAAAUUUAUAACGAACAUCUCCAUGAUCUACUCAGCCCAGGAACCCCACCUGAAGAUAUCAAACUGCGAGAUGACCCUAUUCGUGGAGGUGUCCGCGCCAUGGGCCUCAAAGAAGUUACCGUUUCCUCUCCUGAAGAGCUGCUAGAGUGUAUCCGUUCCGGUGAUGCUCUUCGACGAACAGAAGGUACUGAAUACAACUCCAAGUCUUCACGAUCUCACGCUGUUGUACAAAUCUUUAUAGAAUCUGCUUCUAGUACGGGACCAACUCGUAGCUCUUUACUCUACCUUUGCGACUUGGCAGGUUCCGAGCGCGCAGCAGCACAAACAGAACGCCGUAAAGAAGGUGCAUAUAUCAACAAAUCGCUUCUUACUCUUGGUACAGUCAUUUCUCGUCUUUCUGCAGUUUCAUCAUCGGCAGCAUCCACAGGUCACAUUCCAUACCGUGACUCAAAACUAACAAGACUUUUACAACCAGCACUUUCCGGUAAAAGUCUUGUAAGUAUUUUGUGUACCAUCGAUGUGGCUGGGCCACUAAGCUCUACAACCUAUGUCGAAACCAUUUCAACAUUACGAUUUGCCGCACGUGCUAAAAACAUUGCCAUUAAUGUUAAGCGUAACGAGGAAGUAGGUAGUAUUGCGGAAGCCGCCAAGGUCAUUGAACGGCUUGCAAGUCAAGUCGAGGCACAAAAACUAGAAAUUGCGCGGCUCAAGAGUGGUGGUAGUAGUGGUGGUGGUAGUAGUAGUGGUGGUGGUGGUGGUGGUAGUGGCAGUGUAGACUCUCCAAGCCCAUUAGUAAAAUCAGGUUCUAGUUCGCAGUUAACAACAGACGAUGAAACAAUCACAGCAAACCAUUACACAGCUCAGAUUGCACAGCUGGAGGCCGAAAAUAGAAUCUUGCAUGAACGUGUUGAACAUUUGACUCGAUUAUGUGAUGACACAAAACUUGAAGAAAUGAUUUUGUUAGGUGGUGAUUUAAAGGAAGAUGGAACAAGUUCAUCUACAUCAAGUCCUAGAAUUGGUAGUAUUGAAGAUGAUGAUAUUGAAGGUGGUGGACCUGUACGCAGACAAAUUGAUGAAUACAAGUCGUACAUUGCUCACUUGGAAAAACAACUUUAUGAAGCAGAAUUGUCAAAGGCUCUUGGUGCUGCAUCAUUAACUUCUUCUUCAUCUUCUUCAUCUUCAACAACAGCAAAUUCAAGUACACAGUAUGUGACUACGUACCCGUCAUCUCCACCAGCACCUCUAGUUUCAACACAGGGACCAGUAUCAAAACCACCAUCCACAGCUCCUCCGCUUUCUCCAUCAUCUUCUGUAUCACUUGAUGUAGGCAAUACCGCUCUUACAGGUUCACCUUCCGUGUCUUCUAUUUCACUUUCUGCUAUCCCUUCAACUUCCACCAUGGCUCAUUCUUCCAAUUACUACACAGAGCUGAUAUCUGAGCUUCGAGAUGAGAUUGAGGAACUACGCGAGUCUAAUGCAGAUAAGGAACGCAUUAUUGCAACAAUGCGAUCUUUUAAUAAACGCAAGGAAAACAUUAAUGCCUUGUCUGCAUCAAUCUAUGGAACUACACUGAAUAUAAGUGAUAAAAGUGGGCUUUCUCCAGGACCAUCGUCACCGAUAGUUGGCACACAUUCAGCAGCAGUAGCAGUAGGAUCUAGCAUACCGUCAUAUUCUUCUAGGUUUAUUGGCCAGGCUAUCACAAGCAGUAGUGUUAUAGAAAACUGCAGUGAGCCUAGAAAACGUAGUAGUGAAGGGAAUGCAAACAGUGAUGUUUUUGUGACUCCUAAGAGGGAUGUUACAGAUAUUCGUGUUUGA